AUGGCCCGUCUUCAGGACCUCCCCGUGGAGCUUCUUACAAAGAUUGUCGAGGAUUUCUGCUGGUGUCAAUCACCUCCGCCUCACGCCGACUGCCAUUGUUUGACGAUACGGUGCGAAGCCCAUCUUGGUAGAGAGGAGACUGGCCUCGAGGCUGAUUAUGAGACGCUUGCCGCACUCUGCUUGACGUCCAGGCUGUUCAACGAUCUCGCCACAAAGCACUUGUACCACUACAUCCCGGAUCUCGACUCGGACGCUCAGUGGUGGCUGCUCCUUCGAACACUGGUUACUCGCCGUGAUCUUGGCCAACAUGUCCGAUCACUAGACAUAGUGACCCGGGAUUAUAAAACGACACCAGACUACCCAGAAGUCGAAAGAUAUCUGCAGGACCAGGUGAAAGCCUUGCAAGCUCAGCGGGUAGAGGCUGGCGGAAAACUCUCACCAUGGGAAGAACGGGAAUUCAGCACUGGGGCGAGCAACUAUCUAAUCAGUCUCUUGACAUCUUUGUGUCCCAACGUGGAGAGCAUUCGCGCCCGGCUCACCGGGGAUUCCUUCGAUUUCUGUGGCGCUCAGACGAUGUCGAUGUUGAAAAAGGUUGCGUUCGAGUGGUAUGAUACAGAAGGCGGAAUCUGUCUUGCUGGUCUCCGAAACCUUCUUCAGGCCGCUCCCAGCAUUGAGAGCAUGAUAAUCUCACCCUUCAGUCAGGAGGAUGACGACAAGCUUGAGUUGACGUUGAACAAACUCACCUAUUUGGAACUGAGGCACUCCAUGGUGGGGGCUGGAGCUUUGGAUUCCAUCUACAAGUUGUGCCCAAACCUCGAGAUAUUCAAGUAUGAGACCGGGGACGCCUGCAUUGGCUAUGAGCAAUUUGCACCCCAGGACCUUCAGCGGGCGACUCUGAACCAUGCUCAGAAGCUCAGGAUGCUGAUGAUGAAGGAGGGCCCUGGCAGAUGGGAAGAAUUGUAUGACGACCACCUGCAUCCGGGCGUGUACGAAGAUGCCUUGGUGGAAUUGGAUGCUGCACUGAAGGCUCGGGGGAUUGAGUGCAGGAUAACGCCGUUGGAGGACGAAAGUGUAUAA